AUGCCAGAAACAAUAACCAAAUCCAACAUAAUAUUAAUUUAUAUUUCGGUAAAAAAUCAAGACGAAGCUACCUCAAUUGCUAAAACUCUUGUAAAUGAAGAACUUUGUGCAUGUGUAAGUAUUAUUCCUAGUGUGAGAAGCAUAUAUAAAUAUAAAGGGCAAGUUCAUGAUGAAAAUGAAGCUAUUUUAUUGGUAAAAACCACUUCUCAAUUGUUUACAACUCUUAAAAAAAAAGUUAUGGAAAUUCAUUCAUAUGAAAUACCUGAAAUUAUUGCCACCAAAAUUACAUAUGGCAACGAAAAGUACAUUAAUUGGGUCAAUCAAACGGUUAGAAACUAA